AUGGAAUUGAUGGAAUUCCUAUCGUCAGAUAGCGAAGACUCGGAUAAAGGUUCAAUGGUUAUAGUCAGGCCAGAAGACGUAACCAAUGUUGUUCCCACUUAUGAUGAAAAAGUAAAUGAGAAUCAAUACCUGAAAAAAUCAUCUAAUAUUGGUGAAGCUAAACAAGUUUCUUUUGGAGAAAAAGUAUUUGAUAGGGCCAACUUGGACAAAUCAAUGAUUAUUGGUGGAGAAAAAGAAAGUGUUCAUUAUAUUAGUCCAAUGACUAGGGAUAAUUUUGAGGACAAUAGAAAUUUGACAGAACUAGCUCCCCAUAAAAACCCUUUGUUCAAGGAUAAACAAAAUCGCGAAGUCAUUGAUAAAAGAAAUUCCUUACCUGAAUUUAAUCAACCUAUUACAGGUGAUUUAAGCGAAGAUAACAAAUUCCAUAAUCAGAGAUUUUCAUAUGAUGUUAAUAGACAGAUACCUUCCACAGAUCCUGGUCAUUUAAUGAGUUCUUUUUCACAAUCGCAUGAUACAAAGAAUAGUUUAGAAUUGAAAGGUAACUCAAAAAAACCAUCUAAACCCGUUACAAAUGAAGAAUUUGAUGAACUUCUUAGAAUACCGAUCCAAACAACCCACACUCGUCGGGAUACCGGAUUCGGUUUAAGAUCUCAAGACAACCUUUUACCUUCACAAUAUAUUAAUCCGAAGCAAGAUAACUCGGUUGACGACACACAUCGUGACGUUAGAUAUGGGUUGAGUUCUCAAGUUAACCUUCAAAGCAAUACAAAUAAGCAAGAAACUCGUCGGGACACCGGGUUAGGAUUAGGAACUCGAGACAACCUUUUACAUUCACAAUAUAUUAAUCCGAAGCAAGAUAACUUGGUUGAUGACACACAUCGUGACGUUAGAUAUGGGUUGAGUCCUCAAGUUAAUCUUCAAGGCAAUAAAAAUAAGCAAGAAAUUCUUCGGGACACCGGGUUUGGAUUAGGAUCUCAAGACAACCUUUUACAUUCGCAAUAUAUUAGUCCGAAGCAAGAUAACUUGAUUGAUGACACCCAUCGUGAGAUUAAAUAUGGGUUGAAUCCUCAAGAUAACCUUCAAAGCAAUGCAAACAAGCUAGACACUCGUCGGGACACCGGAUUAGGGUUCGGAUCUCAAGACAACCUUUUACAUUCACAAUAUAUUAGUCCGAAACAAGAUAACUUGGUUGAUGACACACAUCGUGACGUUAGAUAUGGGUUGAGUCCUCAAGUUAACCUUCAAGGCAAUAAAAAUAAGCAAGAAACUCGUCGGGACACCGGAUUUGGAUUAGGAUCUCAAGACAACCUUUUACAUUCACAAUAUAUAAAUCCGAAGCAAGAUAACUCGGUUGACGACACACAUCGUGACGUUAGAUAUGGGUUGAAUCCUCAAGUUAACCUUCAAAGCAAUAAAAAUAAGCAAGAAAUUCGUCGGGACACCGGGUUUGGAUUAGGAUCUCAAGAAAACCUUUUACAUUCACAAUAUAUUAGUCCGAAAAAAGAUAACUUGGUUGAUGACACACAUCGUGACGUUAGAUAUGUGAGUCCUCAAGUUAAUAUUCAAGGCAAUAAAAAUAAGCAAGAAAUUCUUCGGGACACCGGAUUUGGAUUAGGAUCUCAAGACAACCUUUUACAUUCACAAUAUAUUAAUCCGAAGCAAGAUAACUUGGAUCAUGACAUUAGAUAUGGGUUGAAUCCUCAAGAUAACUUUCAAAGCAAUAAAAAUAAGCGAGAUUCUUUGACUGAUGAUACUCAUCGAGGGUUAGGAUCUCAAGAUAACAUUCCAUAUGCACAGCGUAAUGAACAAUACUUAUCUGAUGAUACUCUUCAAGGUUUUGGGUAUGGAUUAGGAGGAUCUCAAGGGUUUCAACGCAAUAACAGUAAGCAAGAUUACUUAUCUGAUGUCACGCGUCGAGAUAUCGGACAUGGAUUAGGACCUCAAGGAAACAUUUCAUAUACACAGCGUAAGGAACAAAACGUAUCUGAUGAUACUCGUCAAGAUCUUGGGUAUGGAUUAGGAGGAUCUCAAGGGCUUCAACGCAAUAACAGUAAGCAAGAUAACUUAUCUGAUGUCACGCGACGAGAUAUCGGACAUGGAUUAGGACCUCAAGGAAACAUUCCAUAUACGCAUCGUAAGGAACAAAACGUAUCUGAUGAUACUCGUCAAGAUCUUGG